CCCAGUCAAACUUUCUUCUUGCAAACUGGCCUUGGAGUAAUUAUAGGUAGGCAACAACUCCAUACAGCGUCAAUUCCGUGCUGCCACGCAAUGAAAACGCCUAUGGGAGCAGUGCUGAGAGCGCUGGUGUUUUCAGUCCUCGCCGAAUCAGUGUGUGGACAAAAGCAGGUGACAGUCUGCCCCGUUCGCGCCGCGUGUGUCACUGACUGCGACUUCGGCCAAGUCAUGGACGGUAACGGUUGUCCAACCUGCACGUGCCUGCCACGGUGGUGCCCUCAGUACGUAUGCCCGGCAUGCCCUGGACGAGGGUUUCAGACGGACGCCACAGGAUGCCAGACCUGCGCCUGUAAAGAUGUCUGUCGGCCGGUGAGGUGUCCGCGCAGAUGCACGUACGGACACGCCGUCAACACAAGUGGAUGUGUAACCUGUCAAUGUAAACCCCAGGCAAGGAACAGGAAUCCACGGCUGCCUAUGGACCCUGAUGUCUUGGAUACUCUGAUGGACAUGCGAGAGGAGCGGGUAGGCCGGUCCUUCCGGCCCGUGUGA